AUGGGCUAUGGGAGUUCGUCGUUAAGGUUCGCGCGCGACUCGCUACGUCCCGAUAUAUUGAUAUCGUAUCGAACGGGCGCUCACACGUACGCGAACGUCGAAAACGGCGACGUCUGUCCGGCGGUCUUCGAAGGUCCGGGCGGGGCCCUCGCUCACGCGUUCCUCCCCACCGGAACGGCCGAUUUCUCCUCGGAGGUGCACGUCGGCGACGAGGAGCCGUGGCACGUGCUCCUGAACAAGAAUCCCUCCGACAAGUAUCAUCUGCUGCUAACUCACGACAUCGGUCACGCCUUAGGUCUGCAGCACAGCAUGCGCAACGACUCGGUCAUGUUUCCGUACGUACCCGACAACGAGCUUCAAUAUCCGGUUAAAUUAAGCGUAGAGGACACCCUCGCUAUACAAAAUUUGUACGGAUCUCGCGACGACGGAGAUCGCUCCGCGAUUCCCGCGACCACGGCGGCGCCCGUCACCACCGUAGCGCCCGCGACGACCGACGUCGCGCCGACCGAUCCGUCGCGCGACGAUCUCUGCGCCUUGCGGCGCAUAGACGCGGCCUUAACCCUUUCGCGCCGAGCGUCGCAUAUAUGCGGCAUCCACUCGACGACCCGUGGGUACGGGCGCCGCAUAUACGCGGCAUCCACGCCAUUACUUCUGGGUACGAGCGCCGCAUAUAUGCGGCAUCGAAAUGAUCUGUACAAGUACGCUGAUAAAACAGAUGGUCGAAAAGUAUCGUCACAGUGCAACGGGACGUCAAGGCAGACCCGCUGA